AUGGGGAGAUCCAGCACGAGGAGCAAGACUCCUCCUUGUCCUGCCUUGAGCUCAGGCUUGACCAAUGGAUCCUCUGGGCCAGAUGAGCCUGAUCCUGCCCUGUCCGGUGCCGUCCCAGCUGCUGCUCACAGGACGGAACUCGGCUCCACAAACGAAGAGCAUUUGGAGUUCAAGAAGGCUUUGUACAGAACGGAUGCCAGGAGCUCCUUAGACCUGCGGACCAUGGCCUGGGACACCUCCACCCUGGAGAGCAGAGCAGGCGAUGGCAGAGAAGAAAGCACUUUAAAGAGACUCUCUGGCUUGAAGGACACACGAUGUGUGAAGGAGUCACCAUUUGCCAUGGAGACCCAGCUUGUAAAUACAGUGCAGGUGGACCCUGAGCAACUGGAGAGUGACUCUGAGGACCUGGGUGGUGGCAAGGGAGCAGUAGAGACACCCAGCCCUUGUGCUGGGGCAGUGGUUGGCGGCGGUGAGGAGAAGUACCUGAAAACGGAACCAAAGCAACUUGAAGGCCUCAGCAAAGAGCACUUAGAGAAGAGCAAGAGGGGAAUGCAGAGGGUCGACUGGAUCUCCAGACCCACCAGAAGCCCAAGUCCUCACUAUAAAGAUCUGGGCAAGGUGACAGAUGUAGCAACCAACCUGCCCUUCCGGGGCCAGGCCGUGCGUGAAGUGCCUCCUCCGCUGUUCAGGAAAACACUGAACCCUGUCCUCAGCAAGGCCAAAUCCCUGGAGAGCUCCUUAUCCCAUGGGAAGGGGCUGAUGGUUGACUCGGACUUGGGGGAGAUCAACCCACUCAACGCGGCCGAGUGGACAAUCCCGAAGCCGAGUCUUGAGCUCAGCGCGGACCUGGCCGUGGGCAAACAGACCUGGACAGUGAAUGCUGAAGACUCGGUGGAGAGGAUCCCGUUGAUGUCCCUGGAUCCUGCUCCCUGCAGCUCCUACGACAUCGAGAUGAGGCCCUACGUGUGCAGUGUGUUAGUGGAGGAGCAGGGGAAGGAGGAGCUGGGUCCGGAGGAGGACCCCACCGUGUACACCUGCAUCGAGUGCAGCAUUUACUUCAAGAAGAAGGAACACUUGAUGGAUCACAUGCUUCAGCAUAAUCGUGGACCAGGGAGGGACCAAGACAGAGAUGCUUUGGGAGGACAGUGUCAGUUCUGCUGCAACGAGUGUGGAUGGGCCUUUGGAGACCCCACAUCUUUGGAGCAGCACAAGAGGCUCCACCAAGAGUCCAGGGAGAAGAUCAUUGAGGAGAUCCAGAAGCUGAACGAGUUCCCAGACGAAGGCCGGGAUGCGCGGCUGCAGUGCCCCAAGUGUGUCUUUGGCACCAACUCCUCCAAGAUCUUUGUCCAGCACGCCAAGAUGCAUGUUAAGGAGAGGAAAGACCAAGGGGCCAAGACCCUGAACCUCUUUGGAAGCACAACCAGUGGAGAAAUCCGGGACAGCUCCAUGCAGGGCAUCUACAAACACUUCAAACCAAAUGAACACAUGGCCCUGCAGAUGCAGGUUCCACCCCAAAGCAGCAGCAAAGGGCUCAGCACCUGCGUGCUCUGCAGCUUCCCGGCUCCCAACGACAACAUCCUCAAGGAGCACAUGAAAUACGCCCAUUCCCACCUCUCAUGGGACACGGAGGUGUAUGAGGAUGAUCCCAAUCAACCAGGAACCAGCAGAGAUGCCUACAGCCCGGCCCGCCCAGCCCGCUUUGCCGACACAGAUUACUUUGGCAAAGCAGAGCAGCUUUUCCCACCGCCUUCCCAGGAAAGCACAUCCCAUUAUGAAGCUGUUCCCACUUUUGCUCUAACUCAUUCCAGGCACAAGAGCAACGGAGCUGGCAAGAAGGACUACCAGGCAUCAGGGUUUCACGCCAGGAAAGCAGCUCCCUAUGGUGCCCCACACAAAACCUUGGCAUUAUCCGGUUUUCCCUCUGCUAAAGCUUAUUCCCAGUUUGCUCUGCAGCAGCUGAAAAAGAAAGGAGUAACUCAGCCCCUUGAAGGAGAAGCUGAUGCUCUCAGGAGUCACCCCAUGGGGCUGGAAGAGUUCAGGCACAAGCGGCUGUUGGGCAACGAUGCUGCGAGCAUGGAAGAGGAGAUCUCCAUAAGCACAGAGAUGGAGCUGGGUGAGAACAGAGGCGUCAAACCCAUCACCGUCCCUCAAGCUGCCUUGGACCUCAAGAGGACAUUCAGAGACACCUUGAAGGCCACGGACUCUUUGAUAGCUUCAGAGGAGCAGCAGCAGCAGUUGCGGAUGAUGGUCCCCAUUGUCCUCCUGGAGGAGGUGAACCUGCAUCCCAAAGCGACAAAGAGGCCCCGGGGAAAGCCCUUCAAGAAGAAAGCGCUGCUCCCAUCCCGGGACUUCAUGAUGGAAGAGCCCAUUCCCUUGGAUAUGCUCCUGUUGGACACUCCUCUGGAGCUUGACGACCUCUUGGACUCCGACUCACCCAUGCUGAAGAACGAGGAGAGGAAGUGUCCCUAUUGCCCCGACCGGUUCCACAACGGCAUCGGGCUGGCGAACCACGUGCGGGGCCACCUCAACAGGGUGGGGGUGAGCUACAACGUCCGUCACUUCAUCUCAGCAGAAGAAGUCAAAGCUAUUGAGCAAAAGUUUUCCUUCCAAAAGAAGAAGAAAAAAGUUGCCAACUUCGACCCCAGCACCUUCAGCCUGAUGCGCUGCGAGUUCUGCGGCGCCGGCUUCGACACGCGCGCCGGUCUCUCCAGCCACGCCAGAGCCCAUCUGAGGGACUUUGGGAUCACCAACUGGGAACUCACCAUCUCGCCCAUUAACAUCCUCAAGGAGCUGUUGGCCAACUCCUCGGAGCAUCCGAUGCUGCAGGCAGCGAUGGGAGCGGAGCCUUCAUCCCCAGGCAGAGAGAGGGAAGCUCAUGGCUUCGUGCCUCGCAAGAGCAUGACCCCCAUGUCCGAGUGCAGCAUUCCACGUUCUCCUCUGUCCCCGUUCCCCACAUCCUGGGGAGAUGAGUCCCUGCAGUCCUACAGAGAUG